AUGCAGAAUAUCAGAGUAGAAAUACCUAGGACUACAAAUGUUGGAAACUAUGUUGUCUAUGACUUGGAGAUUUUACUUGAGUUCAACAAAUCUCGAACAGAACGAUUCAGGGUAUCCAAAAGAUUCAGUGAUUUUGUUCAGUUUCGCCAGUUGCUACUCAAUAGGCACCUGACCGAUCUGCCCAACCUCCCAUCCAAACUAUCAAGCUUUUACAAACUCAGCAGUGCUCUGAUUGAGGAGAGAAGGACGGGUUUGGCGAAUUUCUCUCAGACAAUUUUAAACGAUAAGAAGUUGAGGAUGAACCACGAAGUACUCAAUUUUUUCAGUAUACCUAAGUCUAUCAUAUCUGAGUUUAACAUGAUAACUUCUUCCAAAGAUGGCAUUGAAGGUAUAUCCACAGGUGGUAAAUAUAUCAUCAUAGACUCUGCUCAGCACUGGAUGGAUUCUUUUAAGACUGUUAAGUCCAUGUUACAGAAUGCAAGAGGUAAAAUGUUUGCCUCCGAUAAUGUCGUAGAAAUACGCAAGAUACUAAAAGAUUGUGAAUUUAACCAAAAGAUAUUGAAGGAUUAUUUAUCAAACAAUAGGGAUUUAGGAGCGGGUGAAAUUAACAGGAGGAAUUCUUUGUUGGAGUCACAAAUCUCAGAACUAAAUGACUUAAAUUACACACUAUCCAAUAUGAAAUUCAAUGAACAACAUGUUAAGGUUCCCUUGAAUUCAAAUAUUUUACGUGACACGGGGAACACAACAUCUCGACGAAUAUUCGGCAAGCCAAAGGAAACAAGUGAAACUAAAAAGUAUGACAAUAAAGGACUUCUGCAAUACCAACAACAGAAAAUGGCGCACCAGGAUCAAGAUUUAGAGAGUUUAAGGGAUAUCAUUGAGAGACAAAAGCAAAUAGGUAUUGCAGUGAAUGAAGAACUAACCAUUCAGAACGAGCUACUAGAUGGUUUAGGUCAACAGGUUGAUCUGAGUACAGAAAAAAUGAAAAACGCCAAAAAUAAAGUAAACAAAAUCAUAUAA